ACCAUCAUGUUUUCCAUCGGCGGCGCGACCUACACUGAAGGCGGCUUCUCAGAGCCAGACGCCAUCAACAGCGCAAGCACCAUCUGGCAGACCUUCGGCCCCAGCAACCCGGAACCCUGGCACCGCUCCUUCGCAGAUGCCGUGAUCAAUGGCUUCAACUUCAAUUCCGAGUUCCCAGCGACCAACAUGCCUGCCUUUGGCAACCGCCCCCGCAAGCUCAUGAAUGGUCAACAGGAUAGAGCUUUCUCCCUCACGGCCGCUCCGCCAUACUCCUUCCCUGACAAUAACGUGGGCAAUGUACUGAAAAACGUCCAACUCGAUGUGAUAUUUGUCCAAUUUCACAAUAACCCACAGUACGGGCUAGACGCAUUCACAUACGGCGCGCCUACGGGCUUCAAAUUCGACCAGUGGGACCAGCAGGCUCGUGAAGAGUCAGUGAGCAAGAACUUCAAAAUGAUGGUUGAUGCGCCGGGGAGUCAGGAUGUGGCACCGAGCUCGGGGUAUGUUGAUGCUGGGCAGCUUGGGCAGAUUGUGGAGUACUCCAAGCGGUUCUCUAGCAUGGGCGGUGUUAUGGCUUGA